CACGUUAACAAGCGUAAGAACUAGGAUCACGGCAGUACAUUUUAUUUAGGGAGAGAGUAAGUGUCUGUCUUCACUCAUUCAAUGGUGGAGAAGAUGAGUCGAGUUCUGCUAGCUGUAACAUUAGCUCUUCUAGCUUCGUCAGCGUUAUUACCAGUCUCAAAUGCGGCGAAGUUGUCGUCAGCGCCGAGAAAGGAGGAUGUUCCGUUCAUUAAGUGUCAGGUGUGCGAGAAACUUGCCUCGCGGCUACACCAGCUGGUGAAGGAGAAGCAAGUGCAGAUCUCUCCCAAGAAGAUCUCGGAGUAUGAGAUCAUUGAGAUUGCUGAGAAUGUAUGCAACUUGAAGAAAGAGGAAGCUGAUUGGAUCCUCAAGAUUGACAUUGUGGAGAAAGGCGAUAAGCUUCAGCUGGUUGAGCAAGAAGAAGAAGGGAUGUGCAAUUCGGAGUGCAAGACCAUCGAGGCUGCUUGUCAAAAAGUCAUUGGUUACUCAGACACAGAUGUUGCUGAGUAUAUAUACAAGUCUAAGCCUGAUCUUGCUUCACUGGUUAAUCACCUAUGCAAAGACCUCACCGAUGCUUGUACCAAGAACCCGCCUCCUCUCCCCAAGGACCGGGUUCCUGGAGAACCGUUUGUUGCAAAGCCAUCGAAAGAUGCUGAGAUGGACAAGAUCAUGAGAUCAAUGCAGGGCAUGCCAGGUGCACCUGGCAUGAAGGUAUACUCUAGAGAAGACAUAGAGAAGUACAAAGAUAACCCUGGGAAAUUCGGUAAUGAAGAUGAAGAUGACGACGAAGAUGAAGAUGAGGAAAAAGAAGAUGACAAGUUUCCCAAGAACUUGGGAAAAGUUUUGAAAGAGAAAAAGAGUAGUAAAAAGGAAGAAUGGAAAAAGACAAUCACUAAGGAGCUCAAGAAGAAAGGAGGGGUUCUGAAGAGACAUGCACAGAAAGUGUCCAACCGGGUCAGGAGAUGGUGGAAAAGAGUUAGAUCCUCUUAUUCCAAGAAACCUAAAUCCAGCAAAUCUGAGCUGUAGAAACGGUUUGGAACUAGUCUGUUAAUGUACUUUCACACUGGCUUUUUGUAGCUUUUUUAGUUUUCUAUAGAUCUGUAACACAAGAAGAAAUAGCUUAGAGCAAAAUCAUGAAUUCAACUCGGAAAAAGUGUUUGCAGUGUGAAGCAAAUGGAAUGUUGCAAAACUGAAAAAGAAAUACAAAAACUAAAAUCACAAUUUGAGAA